CUCCAUGAUAUACUUUUUCUAUAGAAACAGGGUGCAGUAGGAAGCGAGAGUUGAGGUUGGCAAAUGGUCCUCGACGAAGAUCGCGGCAAAACCUUCCAUUUCGACCCCUCCGAUCUAUCUAUUCCGAGACGCGUCUCACGUCGCGUCUCUCCAACUUCUUCAACGUCUACCCACACACAAACUCAACCACAACACCAAAAACAUGGCCGAAACAAUGGAAGACACCAUCAUGGACACCGCCGACAUCGAGCAAGAAACCCCGCCAGACGCCGUCUUCAUGGCCCCCUCAAUCCACACCUCCGACGUCCUGAUCGGCCGCUCCUACGCCCACUACUCCCCAAUCCCCUCCCUCAUAUCCGCCGACAUGUCCACCGCCUGCGUCCUCGGCGUCGACGAAGCAGGUAGAGGCCCCGUCCUCGGCCCAAUGGUCUACGGCCUCCUCUACCUCCCCCUCCCCCUGCACACCUCCCUCCUCGCCUCGACCCACCACUUCGACGACUCCAAAGUCCUCACGCCCCAGGUCCGCUCCGCCCUCAUGCGCACCCUCUGCACGCCCGCCACCGACCUGCACGCCAGCUGCGGCUGGGCCGCCAAAGUCAUGUCCGCGCGCGACAUCGCGGCCGGCAUGCUGCGGCCCGCCGGCGCCUACAACCUCAACGCGCAAGCCAUGGACGCCACCAUCGAACUCAUCAAGGGCGUGCUCGCGCAAGGCGUCAACGUGGCCGAAAUCUACAUCGACACCAUCGGCAGCCCCGCCGUGUACCAGCGCAAGCUGGAGCGGAUCUUUCCGAUGGUGCAGAUCACGGUCGCGAAGAAGGCGGACUCGUUAUAUCCCUGCGUGUCGGCGGCGAGCGUGUGCGCGAAGGUGACGCGGGAUGCGGCGCUGGAGGUGUGUGCGGAGGCUGUUGUUGGGGCUGGGGGGGAGGGCGGGUGGGGGAGUGGGUAUCCGAGUGAUGCGAGGUGUAGCGGGUGGUUGAAGCGGAGUAUGGAUCCGGUGUUUGGAUGGGGGAGCGAGACGAGGUUUAGUUGGGGGACGGCGAAGGAGUUGUUGGAGACGAAGAGUGCGCCGUUGCGGGUGGAGUGGCCGGUGGAGGGGGAGGAGGAUGCGACGAAGAUGACGGAUUUCUUUGCGGGGAGGGACGAGGAGGGGGAGGGGGAUGAGUUGAGUAAUUGGUAUGGGAGGAGGGUGACUGAGGAGGUCUUCUAA